CAAAAACGCGUUUACGCUUUUUCAACUAUCAUAUCGACAAAACGCCAAGUGGAUGAUGGCGGUUUAAACGCUAUUUAAUGUUGAAAAAUCGCGUCUAUGUAUAAUUGGAGAGACAUGAUGAGAGAAAUAUCACUGGAAUCUGAACCAGACAGUUUCUGAUCUUCUUCUCCUUAGAGGAUCUCUCGGAGAAGAUUCAAAACCAAGAACAAUCUCAGUCUCUAUCUCUCUCUCUGGGUGCAUUUAGAUGGCUGGAGUUGUGCGAUUAACGACGACGUCGGUUCAAGCCAUUCGUGUCUCCUCGUCCUUCAGCUCCUUUGCCACCGCUCUUAAUCCUCUGCAACCUUGCUUACCUCCAAACUCGAAUCUGAAUUCCGACAAGAGAUUGCGUCUUCUCUCAUCUUCUCCUUCCUGCUCGUCUUCUCAUUACCACCCAUCUUCUGGUCUCGGAAGCCAUCUCCCCCUUAGACGACCCAAGAGCCAAGUGGUUCGUGUCAAGGUAGAUGAAAAUGUAGCCGAGACAGAGCCACCGAAAUGGUGGGAGAGGAAUGCUCCAAACAUGGUCGAUAUUCAUUCUACUGAAGAGUUCUUGAGCGCUUUAAGCGGUGCGGGUGAAAGAUUAGUUAUUGUAGAGUUUUAUGGAACUUGGUGUGCUUCUUGCAGAGCAUUGUUCCCAAAGCUUUGCAAGACAGCGGUGGAACAUCCCGAUAUAGUGUUCCUUAAAGUAAACUUUGAUGAGAAUAAACCGAUGUGCAAGAGUUUGAACGUGAGAGUGCUUCCUUUUUUCCACUUUUACCGUGGAGCUGAUGGUCAGCUUGAGUCAUUCUCAUGUUCUCUUGCUAAGGUAAAGAAGGCUAUUUCGGUUUCACCUUUUCCGCAACUAGAGCUUGGCAUAACGCUUCAAACAAAGAGAACUACUUCGUUGUUCUUUUUCGAUAGGAUCUAUCAAAUAUUAUAGACCCUUUGCUGAUAUUGAUACCAAAACCGGUUGAAUGCAUUUGGUCUGUCUCUGAUUACUAUUUGACAUCCUCUUCUUUUGAAUAUUUGUGUGUAUUCAGUUUCAGAAGAUAAAAGAUGCAAUCCAACUGCACAAUACCGAUCGUUGCAGCCUCGGUCCAGCCAAGGUACCUGAAGGCUUAACAUUAGCCAAACCAGCUGCAUCAAGUUGAAGUGCCAGAUUUUUAGAUAUAUUACUAAGGCAACAAUCUUUGGUUGCUCAAGCAAAUACUCAGCUUAAAAUUCUGUAUAUCGUCAUAUUUUUGGGUGUAAAAGAAUACUUCCUAAAGCCAGUUACGAUUCUUCUGCUAAUAGUCAAUUGCAAAUGUAUUUUCACUACUGCUGUUCUUUAUUGCUUUAAAGCAAGCUUAUUGAUGAAGUCAUGUGAGGUUGCAUAAGUCUCAUUUCCAUAGUUUUGGGGUAAAUUUAUAACUUUCU